UUGAAGGAGAAGAGCCCUAGUUUGUAGGAGUCUCAUUGGAGGAGGAACUCUGUAAUCCCAAAUCUAUUGUUGAAUUUCUUUCUGCAACAACAACAACAACAACAACAACCUUCUCUCCUUUCUUCUUCUCUUUAGUUUGGGAUUAAUCCAACUUUCCCAUUCUCUUCUUUCAGAGACAUCAAAUCUUUGAGAUGAGCAGUUGCAGGGGAGGUGAAGGUUCGUGAACUACAAAAUAUUGGUUCCCAAACUUUAGAUGAUGUCUUCCUCAUCAUCUUCUGUGACUGCUCCCUCCCCGGAUUCAAAUUCCACGGCCACCACUCCACCGCCGUCCCCGGUGUUGCCUUCGCCACCGUUGGUGAUAACACCACCGCCUACAUCAUCAACACCGCCGCCGCCACCGACAAGUUCCCCCCCUCCAAAUGCAACAACAUCAUCACCGCCACCUCCUUCUUUGCCGCCGCCGCCGCCGUCUUCCUCCAUCGAUGGAUCUCCUCCACCACCUCCUAACAACAAUGUUUUGAACCCGCCGCCCAGUGAGUUUGUUUCGCCACCCCCGCCAUCUCAUUCUUCUUCAUCUUCGCCGCCACCGCCACCGCGAGCCAUUAAAUCUCCGCCGUCUCAUUCGAAUUCAUCGUCGAAUAGCUCGUCGAGCUCGGAGAUGUCAAGCUCAACGAAGCAGUUGGUAAUAGGAGUUGGGGUUGGAGCAGGGGUUUUUAUAUUGGCUUUGAUCGCCAUUUGUUUAGUUUUUGGGAAGAAGAAGAAGAGGAAAAGUGAUCAUGUGCAAUAUUAUGGCGCUGAUCCUUCUCAAGGUCCAAGAGAUAAUAAUGCUUCUUAUUACAACAACAAUCAACCUCAUACAAAUUGGAACAUGGGCCCACAAGGAACAGAUCACGUGGUAAGGCUUAAUCCGCCACCAGGAGGUGGCGGUUCGGGAGGUGGCGGUUCAGGGGGUGGCGGUCCAUGGCCUUCACCGCCUCCGCCACUUCCUCCAGGCAUGAAUAGCGGUGAGAUGAGCUCGAAUUACUCGGGACCACGACACCCACCACUGCCGCCUCCUUCUCCAUCACUGGCUCUUGGGUUCAACAAAAGCACCUUCACUUACGACGAGCUUGCGGCGGCAACGGGCGGGUUUUCGCAGGAGAAUUUGUUGGGACAAGGCGGGUUUGGGUACGUGCACAAAGGGGUUUUGCCUAAUGGGAAACAAGUUGCGGUGAAGAGCCUAAAAUCGGGAAGUGGUCAAGGUGAGAGAGAGUUUCAGGCAGAGGUUGAGAUCAUUAGCAGAGUACACCAUCGACAUCUUGUGUCACUUGUCGGAUAUUGUAUUGCCGGUGGACAGAGAAUGUUGGUUUAUGAGUUUGUUCCUAAUAACACCUUGGAAUAUCAUCUUCACGGGAAAGGUCUUCCAUGUAUGGAUUGGCCAACUAGGCUUCGAAUUGCAACGGGAUCAGCUAAAGGGCUUGCUUAUCUUCAUGAAGAUUGCCAUCCACGAAUUAUUCAUAGGGAUAUUAAAACUGCUAAUAUUCUCCUCGAUUACAACUUUGAAGCCAUGGUGGCUGAUUUUGGGUUGGCUAAGCUUUCUUCUGAUAACUAUACCCAUGUAUCUACAAGAGUAAUGGGCACAUUCGGGUACUUGGCUCCAGAAUAUGCAUCAAGUGGGAAAUUAACAGAUAAAUCUGAUGUUUUCUCAUAUGGGGUUAUGCUCUUGGAGCUCAUAACAGGACAUCGACCUGUAGAUCCUAACAGUGCAAUGGAUGAUAGCUUGGUUGAUUGGGCUAGACCACUUAUGCAAGUUGCCCUUGAGACUGGUGUUUAUGACGAGUUAGUUGAUAAACGAUUGGAAGACAAUUACAACCCACAUGAGAUGGCGCGCAUGGUCGCUUCUGCCGCCGCAUGCAUCCGCCAUUCGGCCAGAAAGCGCCCCAAAAUGAGUCAGAUUGUUCGGGCCCUAGAAGGAGAUGUUUCGCUGGAUGAUUUGAACGAAGGUGUGAGACCAGGCUAUAGCUCAAUUUACACAUCGAGUGAGAGCUCAGACUAUGAUGCGAGUGCAUAUAAUGCUGACAUGAAAAGGUUUAGAAAAAUGGCUUUGACUAGCCAGGAAUAUCCGAGCAGUGAGUUUGGGACUUCCACUAGUGAUGAGUCCCGUGAAAUGACCAAUCUUCCUGGACACCAAAAGCAAAACUUUUGAGUUUAGCAAAUCAAUACGACUUCGCAACAAAAACAAAACGCAGUCGUUUUUAUUAGCAACUAGUUUAUGCUUUUGUUUGUUAUUAUGUAACAUUAUUUGUUGUCAUUUAAUUGGGAUUUGGGGUUACAACAUUAAUGUGAGAAUAUACUUUGUGAUAACUUGAUAUGUUUAGUUCAUGAUAUUUUAUAAAACUUACUUCAAAAGUUACGAAAUUAUUUUAACUAAUAUGUUUGGUGUGUCUAAGUGAGUGUGAGUGAGUGAGUGAGUGAGUGAGUGAGUGAGUAAAAGAGAUCAAUUGUUGUUGUGUAUUUAAUAAUUACUAAGCUAUAUUUUUCAUUUUACUUGAUUGA